CGAAUAUUAGUAAGCGGAAAUUCUAAAUUUUAUUCGUAUUCGACUACGAAUAUUCGUACGAAUACGAAUAGUCGAAUAUUCGUGUCCAGCCCUAGUUGAGCCCAAGCCCGCGAACACCAAAAUCCAGGUGGCCAUUGUCCAAAUUGUGAGUAAUACAUAGAAUGUCGUUGGGCAAAUGUACUCAACGGCUCUUCAGCCCAUAAGUAUACAAUGGGACCGCUAGGAUCCCGACUCGCUGUCACAUUGCAGUUUGCAGCCGUUCGUCCCAAUGGUCUGGAUUCCCGUCCUCCCCAACGGUAUCGGGCGUUUCAGAGCUGCUGGGAAUGUUGGAGCCUCCCCAGUGAUCUACAGAGCACGCGCAAGGCGGCCGAGUCAAGGACCGUUUAUGGAAAGCCGUCGACGGUUCCAACCAGUUGGCUAAGCGAUGGCUUGCUCGUGUACGAGACUACCAGCCAACGAGUGCAUCACCAAUUCACCAUCUACCAAUCUCAAUGGCAAAAGGGGGCUCGAAAGGAAGAUGAUGGUCAAAUCUCGCGUUCUUCAUACUUCGUCCAAAAUGUCGCUAGAAGAGGUAUCAAAUCGUGCCGUGAAAGAUAUGGACGACAAUGACAGGCAUAUACAAAUCUCGCCGGGAUCGCGAACUAAACUUGCAUCCAAAUCCGAACCUGGGUUCGUCAAACACACGCUGUACAAGGUAUCUCCUCCUGAAAAGUCACCCGUUCCCCAUCCCUGGUUGUCUCAAUCCCGUUCCCCGUUGCGUCCCCAUCGUGAAUCCUCGCCUGGAGCCCAAUGCUCCGCGUCUAGUAGGGAUGCAAAAUGGUCCGACUUCCCGCCAUGGAUGGCCAGACGAUUUUGUCGAGCACCGCUACUGAGCAGCGUCCAGAACAGACAAGACGUCCUCUCCGCUCGAGUCAGAGGACGAAACAAUAUUCUCGUGCCUUCGUAAGUUCUAGGCGAUCCCUUCCGAUCCAGAACCCAUCAAUCAUCAUGCGGUCAAAAUCACAAUUCUU